GAUAGACACAGACAACAAAGACAGACAGACAGACAGAUAGACACAGACAGACAGAACAAGCUUGUUGAUGGAUAGAUAUUCUUGAAGUUUAAAUGUAAAAUAGAAAUGUACAUAGACAACAGGCUACAUAUCUUUUGUCAAUCAAACGUAGGAUACUGAUUCUACAGAAAUCGAUCAAGCAGCGUACUGUUGCUAUAGCAACUUCAGGUGAAAACGAUCUUUAGCGUUUACAGUGAUUAACAUGUAAUCUUACUGUAGUGAUUAUUGUAAUGUGCACGGUUUAGCCUACACAUUUAUAUACCUAAACAAAACAUUUUUUAAGAUGCCUCCACCCAAACAUGUUUUUGUUCCAGUUUUACAUAAAUAAACCUAUUCGUGUCACAAGAGCCUAAUGAAUGAUGAGACAUUGUUAAACACUGAUUAUACUCUAUCCGCACGCGUAACUUACAAGAUAGGAUACUAUUACUAAAGAAUUACGAAUCUGAGACUACACGUUUUCAAUAAGAUCCAGAAACAUCAACAGGUCCAAAACUCUGGGUAUCAAUCUUCAGUCACGCAUUACAUUAUAGCACUAUUGCACUGCAAAGUUAUUUCUAGUUUUGAUUUACGGAGAACCCAAGAUGAAGAACGGAGAGUAGCUACGUGAGGAGGACUCGAGCGCGCACUGGUACUCCCACGCGCCUCUGAUCGUUCAUUCAGCACCACAGCAACUGAACAGCGACCGCGGUGUGCACGCCAACGAAUGGGAUGGGGACGGUUUAUUUUAAAUCCGACAGAUAAGAUCACAUUAUUGCGGUUUAUCCAAUCUCAUCUGGAUGCCUCGUGUGUUAAUAUGCGGACGUCUGUUUACUGAAGGAAUAUUCACUAUAACGGAACGACAAAUGUGAUAUGAUCGAGAGCAUCACUCUGCUGUGUAACAUACUUUUUUCGCGGUUCCUAAUCUGUCGUAAAUCAUGAAAUACUUUGAGAUUGUUUGUUUUUCUGAAAGCGCAAACAUCAAUCGAGAAAAACAGAUUCGCGACCACCUCUUGUCGAGGCGAGCGGUCCGCCACACCUGACUGUUUUUCUGCCUCCGGUUGUGACAUGAAAACUCGGACCAGAAAGAAACGGAUGAAAGGGCGAAGAGCUGCCAAAAGGCCAUGUGGAUUUGAAAGAGAACAUAUCAGAUUGAAGUGGGAGCCCAGAACAACCCACAAGUCCGAUCGCGACUGACAAUCACAGGCAUGGGGACAGCAGAGAUCAAGAGACGGUCGGAGGUCUUGCAACCUGUUGUUGAUCUGGAUUAACGGGACAGAGAUCUGAUGUUCAUUAUAUCUAAAUGGCAAUGACUUGGGGGAAAACACCUGCUUUUGAUUGAUUUAUGUCUUGUUUUUGUGUGUGUGUGUGUGUGUGUGUGUUUCUUAAUACAAAUACAUUUGAGGAGUAGCUAAUUACAUUGGGCGCCUGGACUGGACAUGAGCUUAGAUUGAAACGUUUCUUCGGUAAUUUAAAUGUAUGUGUAUAAUUAUAUUUAUUUAUAUUAAUUAAAUUAAUAUCAAGCCAUGGGUUGCCUUCAGAGCGUCGCCUGCAAACCCCGAAUUAAACGCGAGAACAUCGUUGUUUACGACGUAUCUGCUACUAUUGACCACUGCCCGACAGUGAUCGAGGAGAAUUCACCCAUAGUGCUCCGCUAUAAAACUCCGUACUUCAAGGCCUCCGCCCGGAUAGUGAUGCCACCGAUCCAUCGGAACGAGGCUUGGGUGGUGGGUUGGAUUCAAGCGUGCACUCAAAUGGAAUUCUACAACACUUAUGGAGACCUCGGCAUGUCAAGCUGGGAGCUGCCAGAGUUACGGGAAGGACUGGUGAAGGCCAUCAGCGACUCGGACGGCGUGAGUUACCCAUGGUACGGAAACACGACAGAAACUGUGACCCUCUCCGGCCCCACCUCCAAACCUUCAUGCUUCACUGUCAGCAUGAAUGAUAACUUCUACCCCAGCGUAACAUGGGCCAUACCAGUGAGCGAGAGCAACGUGGCUUUGCUCACGCGGAUCAAACGCGACCAGAGCUUCACCACUUGGCUGGUGGCUUUAAAUAUGGCCACACAGGAAAAGAUCCUCCUGCAGACAGUUAAGUGGAGGAUGAAAGUAGACAUCGCUGUGGACCCCUCCAAGCCACUGGGCUCUCGAGCAAGACUCACCGGCCGGGUGCACCAGGACCAGCCCAAGGUGUUGACUCAUAUGGAACCGAUCCCCCCUAAUGCUCUGGGUAAACCCAAUGCUAAUGACGCACAAGUGCUAAUGUGGAGGCCCAAGCAAGGACCACCAUUAGUGGUGAUCCCCUCUAAGUAGCAGGCUGUGGGAAGCAGGUUUUUAAAUCAAGUCAAUUUGCCUUAAAUCCACACUGCUGCCUUUAUAGAGAUACUUGGUUCUUGAAUGGCCCUGGAGACACUUAAAGGGACAAUUCAUUCAAAAAAAUGAAAAUCUAAUUUUUUUUACUCACCGUCAUAUCACUCCAAACCUGUAUGACUUUUGUUCAUUCCAUGUAAUAUAUUAUCUGAUAUAUUUCCAUCCAGAGAAACAAAACACUGGACGCCACUGACUUUCAUUGUGUAGACAAAAAAAACUCUCAAAAAAUUCUCAAAAUAUCUUCUUUUGCGUUCCACAGAUAAUUUGGGUGAACUGUCCCUUUUAAUUUGAUAUUGACAUUUGCCUUAAAACCUCAGACUCAAGUAUCAAAGAAAAGAAACCAUACUCCUGGUAUACAUAAAUGGAUACUCCACCCAAAAAUAAAACUUGUCAUAAUUCACGAACCCUCAUGUCAUUCCAAACCUGUAUGACAUUCUUUUGUGGAACAUAAUUGAAAAAGAUUUAUUUUUUCGUCCCUAUAAAUGGAACACAUUGAGAUCCAAUGUUGUUUGGUUCCCAAUGUUCUUCAAAACAUUCUUCUGCAGACCAAAUAAUGCUUACAAGUUUGGAACCACAUGAAAGUGAAUAAAAUGACAAAACUGUAAUUUAUCGUUAAUUUUUCAGGUGGAAUAUCCCUAAAAGGCUGUUGAGAUCAAAGACUAUUCAACUAUUCCGAUAACUUAGCUCCAACGUUCUCUUUUAAAAGUUCUCUGUAAGUGGAAAACAUCAGAGCUAUAUAGAGCCAGUCUCGCUCCAGUAGAGCAGCAACCUUUACAUUGUAAUUAUAGAUACACAAUGUUUCAAAAGAAGAGAAGCUGAUGUGCUUGAAUGUACGACUUCAGAAGGUCUACAGCUGAAUUUAACAUCGCCUUUUAGCUCACUCAUAUUUAUUCAAAGUUGAUUUGAAGGAAGCAGAAAGCUCCAACCAUCAGAUGUCUGCUAUUCAGCACGGCAUCAAUUAAGAAGAUAUAGAAGACUUCUUAAUUCCACCGAGCAUAAUCUGGACUGUGAAUUCUGCUGCAGUGGAAAUGAGGGAACUUCAGCUGCUUACAUUUCUACACUCUAAGCUUAAGAACGUCUGGAGCUGUCUGCUAAUUCACUGUUCUGCUCACCUGGGAGCGAAGGAGUCGAGGGAGGGGAAGAAAAAGAUUUAAACAGUGCUGCAAACACCAACUCCCACUGCUACUCAUUAGAGAGGUGAAAACCAUCCAGACCUUCCUACUGAGAUUUCACACACACAUCCAGAAACAAAAGCACAACAAACACCCAACCGCUGCCUUCUUUGAAACACCUCCUCUUCCUUAGAGAGUCCUGCACCUGCACAAAUUACAGUGGAGUGACUGCUUCAUUAUCAAAAAUGAAUCGGUUCGCUUGAGCAUUAAAGCCACUGGAUUUGUAUAAACUGAAUUAAUGAUGCCAUUAGGGAUGUACAGACUUCAAAAACAACAUUACCAAUGCUGGUCUUCGGAGGUCAAUGUAGAGUUUAUUGAUUUUGAGGUUCACAGUGUGUUCUGAAGGACUGGGGCAGCUAGAGCAUCCGAACUGUAAAAUCUCUUUUCCUUUUUAAUUAAUUACUUUUUUUUCAAACGGUGACUGCAUGCAUUGUUUUUACAUCUUUUGAAAAAAGGAAAAAAAAAGCCAAGCCUUUUCUUUAAAAUUUUGGGCUGCCCUGGUGAAAAUGUGUUUUGUUUGGAAAAAAAUAAAAUAAAAAAAAGACAAUUAUACACCUGAUUUAAUAUUACUCCGCACCAGAUACUAAUAUACUGUAGCUUCACACAUAGUGCAAAGUUGAUAAAAAAAA